GGGUGGUGCGUGCGUGUGUGCGCGUGAGUGUGUGUGUGUGUGGUGUGGAGCUCGGGUGCGAGCAAGAGCUGUCAGUCCCCGGUGCGAGUCCCCCGCCGUCUUCCACACCCUUCCUCCGUCUCCGCUCCUUCCCUACGACGCUCCCGCGGCCCCACGGACACACACGAGGGGGAGCUCGGGGAAGCAGGUGUGGGGGGCGGGCGGGGUCGCGCGAGACAAAAGGGAGCGGGGUCAGCCCGCCAUGGCCUCCCGAAGCCUGGGGGGCCUGAGCGGAAGCCGCUGCGGGGGCGGCGGCAGCGGCAGCGGCGGCAAGAAGAGCCUGAGCGCCCGCAACGCUGCGGUGGAGAGGAGGAACCUGAUCACGGUGUGCAGGUUUUCUGUAAAGACCCUGAUUGAUCGGUCCUGCUUUGAGACAAUUGAUGAUUCUUCUCCUGAAUUUAACAAUUUUGCAGCUAUUUUGGAACAGAUUCUAAGUCACCGGCUAAAAGAGAUUUCCCAAAGUUGCAGAUGGCUGGCUCAUCUCCAAAUACCUCUUCAAGGUCAAGUAACCUGGUUUGGUUAUGAGAGUCCUCGUAGCUUCUGGGACUAUAUCAGAGUGGCUUGCCGGAAAGUUGCACAGAAUUGUAUCUGCAGCAUUGAAAAUAUGGAAAAUGUCAGUUCCUCUAGAGCUAAGGGUAGAGCCUGGAUCAGAGUAGCACUCAUGGAAAAACAUUUAUCUGAAUACAUCUCUACAGCUCUGAGAGACUUCAAAACAACCAGGAGAUUUUAUGAGGAUGGAGCAAUUGUCUUGGGUGAGGAAGCAAAUAUGCUUGCUGGCAUGCUGCUUGGACUCAAUGCUAUUGAUUUUAGCUUCUGCCUAAAGGGAGAAGGAUUGGAUGGCAACUUUCCUGCUGUAAUAGACUAUACACCAUAUUUGAAGUUUACCCAAAGUUCUGAUAGUAUCAGCAGUGAUGAGGAAGAGCUGAGGACUUUGGGAAGCAGUGGUAGUGAAAGCAGCACUCCAGAGAAUGUCGGGCCUCCUUUCAUCAUGGACGAGAAUAGUUGGUUCAACAAGUGUAAGCGAGUUAAACAGAAGUAUCAGCUAACCCUGGAACAGAAGGGUUAUCUUGAAGAACUCUUACGACUUCGAGAGAACCAGCUGUCUGAAUCUGUCUCCCAGAAUAAAAUACUACUGCAAAGGAUUGAAGAUUCUGAUCUGGCCCAUAAAUUGGAAAAGGAACAAUUAGAAUAUAUAAUUGUGGAACUUCAAGAUCAGCUGACUGUGCUAAAGAAUAAUGAUUUAAGAUCAAGACAAGAGUUAACUGCCCACCUCACCAACCAGUGGCCUUCCCCAGGAGCUCUGGAUGUCAAUGCUGUUGCCUUGGAUACGUUGCUUUACCGAAAACACAAUAAACAGUGGUAUGAAAAAAGUUAUCAAAGUCUUGACCAGUUAUCAGCUGAAGUUAGCCUUUCUCAGACUUCACUGGAUCCAAGUCAGUCACAAGAAGGAGAUGGAAAACAAGACACAUUAAAUUUAAUCAGUGAAGGGAAAGAAGAUACUCCUUCAUUACUUGGUCUCUGUGGGUCUCUAACAUCAGUGGCAAGUUACAAAUCUCUAACAAGUCUAAAAUCUAAUGACUACCUUGCAAGUCCUACAACAGAGAUGACAAGUCCAGGCCUAACUCCAUCCUGAAAAUUUUAUGUAAAGGCCAAAUGUUUUUAUGUUGCAAAUGUUCUAUUUACAUAAGUUUGACUGCUGGGAAAACCUUUGGAAUUUUAUAUUGUUCUGGCACAUGUCUAGAAUUCUGUUGCCUAUAUUAGCGAAUUCAAUCUACUCCACAUGAAAUUAUGAGUUAAAAAAUGAUCCUGCCAUUUUUCAUUGUAAAAUUCUUAUAUUUGUCACUGAGGAAGUUUAAAAACGAAUAGGCUUAAAAAGCUUUCAAACAUACUCUAAAUUAAUAAGCCAUUGCAAUUUAUACAUAUUAUUCAGCUUAUUUUCAUAUAUUUAAAUGUAUCAUAA